GCUGGGUAACACAUGCUGGCCUUACCAGUCUACCCACACUGUUUCAGAAUGACAAAUUUUUCAUAAUUUUUUCGGUCAUUCUUAUCGUGACUAACUGACAUGAGUAAUAACUGUAAGCAGAGUUCCUUGUGUCUUCACUGUAAAUGGAGACGAGAAUUAACAGUCUGCGUGGGCAGGAGGGCCUGGUCAUCAGAGGGACAGGUUGAAGAGAAUCGGCUGAAGAACAGCGAUGGAAAACUUGUUCUCUUUUGUUGCAAUCUAGCGUGUGCUGUCUGCAAGGGUGGUGGGAGUAGAUUCAACAGGAGCUUCCAAAGUGGAGCACCUUUGGUGGUGGUAGUAGCAGUGGGAAGGACUGUUCAAUGGAGUGAGGAAGGGCUCAGGCUGGAGAAGCAGAAUGGUGGAGUCCUGAGCUGUAAUGUCAUAUAACUUGCUUGACAUAUUCCCCGUGGGCGGUGAUUUGGUUUAUAUGCAGAGGGUGUUGGGAAGCUUCAGCCAGCUGCACUGCAGAGCUGAGUUGACUCAGAUUUGUAACUGCCCAUGACAGUUGAUUUGGAGAAGUGAGUUUGGAAUCACAAGUGACUUGAUUGUGAUUUAUUGUCCCAUGUUUUGUUACAACAUAGUAGUGUUGUACAGUGCGGCCACACUCCAGCCCCAUCUUAAAACACAAAAGUAAAUCAAAACAAAGAAUAUAAAAGCAGAAGAAUAAAGUGUCCAACUUCACAGUCCUCGAGUGCUUUGCCAUGGGCCUGGUGCUGAGGCAUGAGUUCCUUUGUUACACUGCUACUGCUGGCAUGGAAGUCACUACUCUUUGGCAAGGAUGGCGAAAGACCUAUAAAAAUCAAGAAAAUUCUGGAAAUGGCUUCGGACAUCGGUGGACAGCUGGGCGUACCGGUGACUGGGAGAGCUGGAGCAGGGACACAGCCACAGUCCAGUGGGGGCAUAGUGUCCCGAGCACCGAAAAGGCAUCCAGGACUCGACUUUGAUGACGAUGAUGAUGGGGAGGGUAGCAGCAAGUUUCCGAGGUGUGAUGAAGAGCAAGGGCCCAAUGACAAAGAGAGAUUUGCCAGAGAGAACCACAGCGAGAUUGAGCGGCGCCGGCGGAACAAGAUGACAGCGUACAUCACAGAGCUGUCAGACAUGGUGCCGACCUGCAGCGCCCUGGCCCGCAAGCCGGACAAGCUGACCAUCCUGCGCAUGGCAGUGUCUCACAUGAAGUCACUUCGGGGCACGGGUAACACUUCGGCUGACGGAACAUAUAAACCAUCCUUUCUGACUGACCAGGAGCUGAAGCACCUGAUCUUAGAAGCAGCGGACGGCUUCCUCUUUGUGGUGGCCUGUGAGACAGGCAAAAUAAUCUACGUGUCUGACUCUGUCACUCCAGUCCUCAACCAGCCCCAGACUGAGUGGUUUGGCAGCACCCUGUAUGACCAGGUCCAUCCAGAUGACGUGGACAAGCUGCGGGAGCAGCUCUCCACCUCUGAGAACGCCAUGACAGGUCGGAUUUUGGACUUGAAGACCGGGACUGUAAAGAAAGAAGGACAGCAGUCCUCGAUGAGAAUGUGCAUGGGUUCGCGGAGGUCUUUCAUCUGCAGAGUGAGGUGUGGGAAUGCGACAGAAGAUCCAGCAUCCAUAAGCAGACUCAGCUUCCUGAGGAACAGAUACAGAAACGGACUAGGUCCAGUCAAGGAAGGAGAGACUCAGUAUGUGGUCGUGCACUGCACAGGUUACAUAAAAGCCUGGCCUCCCGCAGGUGUGACGCUUCCUGAUGAUGAACCAGACGGUCAAGGGAACAAGUUUUGCCUGGUAGCUAUCGGACGUCUGCAGGUGACAAGUUCGCCCAACUGUUUGGACAUGAAGAGCAACAGUGUGCCCAUUGAGUUCCUCUCCAGGCACAACCCCAAUGGCGUCUUCACCUUUGUCGAUUGCCGGUGCCUGGGCACUAUCGGGUACCAGUCUCAGGAGUUGCUGGGAAAAGAUAUUGUGGAUUUUGCCCACCCAGAGGAUAAGGGACUUCUACGAGACAGUUUUCAGCAGGUGGUCUCGCUGAAGGGCCAGGUGCUGUCAGUCAUGUUCCGGUUCCAGACCAAGAGCCGAGAGUGGGCGGUGAUCAGGACGAGCAGCUUCUCCUUCCAGAACCCAUACUCUGACGACAUUGAGUAUAUCGUCUGCACCAACACCAAUGUCAAGCAUCUGCAGCAACUUCCUGCCAUCACUGGGCAAGAAGACCUUGCCUAUGACCAUUCUCAGGUCGCUGCAGCAUCGGAACACACAAAACCGAUCAGCAAAGCAGAACCCCUGUACAGUCAGGAAACCGAACCGCGCUACACCGAAAUCUACUCGGCCCUUCCCACAGCCGACCAGAGUAAGGUGAUUCCCUCGACGCCAGGUACCGGGACUCAGCAGAUCUUCCAGCAGGGCACCUCCUUCCCGUCAACACGACCGGCACAGAACUUCAGCUCCGCCAUGGUUCCUCCUGUGAACAUUGUCCAGCAGCCAGCGUCGGCAGGGCAGAUCUUAGCUCAGAUCUCACGGCAAUCAGCCAACGGUCAGGUUACUGGAAAUGCCUGGAGCGGAAGCCGGCCACCGUUCCCAGCACAGAUGGCAGCCCAGGGGGCAAAGACACAGUCACCCCAGUUUGGCAUGGCAGCCAGCCGGAGUUUCACGGCCAACACCGCUUCCUUCAGCCCCCUUGCCAGCCCGGUGGCCACGUCAACGGCGGGAGGCACUGCCUACCCGUCGCUCGUGAAUCGAACCUCUGCUUUCGCUGAAGCCGGACAGACUGGUUCGCAGUUCCAGAGUCGGCCCGCGGACGGAGGGUCUGUGUGGCCUCAGUGGCAGGGUCAGCAUCAUUCGCAGGCCUCCAGUGAACAGCACACGCAACAGAGCCAGCCUGAGGUGUUUCCGGACAUGCUGUCAAUCUACGAGGAGCAGGGAACCAGUUACAACAGCGAUGAAUUCUCGGAGCUCCCAAUAUUCCCAUCGUUCUCUGAGUAACAGAAAAGGAAGGCAUUACCGAGUCAUGUCCAGUCUUCCCCCAUCACAUCACCCCUUCCCCUCCCCACCACGCCAAACCCCCGUGAGCAUUUCAUUUGUAAACUGUGCCGCGGCCGUGUUAUUUCCACAACCCACCCAGACGGAGCUGAGCAGAGAAAGUGAAGGACAUUCCACCAGCAGAGAGACAGCCGUCCUGUCCCCUGAACUCCACCCUCAGAAUUUCUGAAUUUGGGUAAUCUUCAUCUUUGGUGUCCAGUGCUGCAGCUUGGUCAGAAUUCCACUGGAGGUGGGGGCAUGGUGCAUUUGUGUAUCCCUAUGCUCAAAGCAGUGCUUGGUACUUGCUCUAUGCCUGUAUUUGAAGCUUUAGGUGUGACGCUUUGGAGCACUUGUGCUGAUCUAGGCAUCAGUGCUCCAGCUUAUUCUUCUGCUUCGAUAGUGUUUUGAAGCUUUUUAUUUUAUUUUUGGUGGGGUUGGGUGUUUGAUUAAGAGUAGGAAAGCAAGAUCACCUCCAUUUUAUUUUUUGGAAUGUCUGCCUGGUCUGUGCUAUUCACCACAUGCGCUGGAUGACUCCUGCUGUGGGCCAGGCCGGUGACCCUACCACCUGGCCUUGUCUCGGCUCCUGCAAAGGAGACUGCUUGUGAAACUGUAAGAGCUUGAGUCGUGCGUUCUCUCACCCUUGUCACCCUGACGGGGAGUGGUCACCCGACAGUGAUCGGGUACUUUUCCUUCCAUCGGAGUACAAGAUGCCAUGCUGCCCGCUGACGCAGUGUGUGCGCACGCCCAUCAAGGUGCAUUGCUGCUAAGUCACCUUCAACAGCACCUUCCAGACCCCCAGGUUUGAACCCUCCCUCCCCUUCCCAAGCAUGGGGAUCCACUGUAGGCACAAUUUCCCUCUGAGCCUCAUGCAUCAUCCUGCCUUGGAACUGUGUUGGAGAUUGCUUCAUUGUCGCUGGAUGAAAACUCUGGCACUCUCUCCCUCCCAAGUGGUAGCACACCGCACAGCUUACCCCCUCCCCACCUUCUCAACGGGGUGAGAAAGAAUUUUUAAAGCUCAGUAUUACUUUGCAGGACCCCUGAGCUCUCGGACACUACACAAGAGGGAGUUGACCUUUCUCUUGGUUUGUUUUAGGUUGAGCAGGCAGGGACAUCUGGCCUGGGCCCUGUGUUUGGGGAGAAGCCUCCCCCAUUAACCUUCACUGACAAAAUCCGUCUCAUCUGGUGGUGGGUAGUGACUGUCACCUCGGGGCUUUAAUGUGCUCUUACACCCCCCCCCCUCCAAAGAAAAACCCCUCUCUCUGACAAAAUACAGGCACUUCCACCCUUCUCAGUGGCCCGGUCAAUAUGCAGCGUGAAUUCCCCUGUGGUUGUAAAAGAUGGACCAGCCAACGUGCCCCUGUCUGUCUCACCUUUGGAGGUCAAGAGAUAUUGUGGACCAUUGGCAGCUACAGGUGGAUUUCCCAUCUCAGGAUCCCAAGAGAGCAGAAUUGGUAUAAACUAUAUUAUUUUUUUCUCUCUGACAAAAAAAAAUGCAAUACUGGGGUUUUAAGGGAUCCCUGAAUUUUGCCCGAUCCCUGACCCCAUGUGAGUGCAUGACCCUUUAGAGCUGCAAGGGUCUCGAGCUAUUGAGGAGGAGUGAUUGUCAGUUUUAUUUUUUAAAUUUCUCACGCGACGGGACUUUCUAAAUAGUUUCUCUUUUUAAAAAAGAACUUGUAAUCUGUUGUAACCUCUGCGCCAGACUCGAAGGUUUUCAUUUAUUGGAACCUGAUGCGGUUUUUCAGACUGAUCUGGUGCACAUGUGUCUGUAUUUUUUUCAUGCUGUAACAUAGAUUUGUAUCAAACUCAUGACUAGUUCAGGAGCAAUCAUGUUAAUCAUCUGUCUCGAAGGAAACACUGUGUCUCUCACCGUUUCCUCGUUUGUAAAUAUGUCAAAUCAGUUUUUGGGGGGUUGGGUUAGGAAAUGGACAGUUUAAAUAUUUCUAUGAAAAUAUGUAAAAAGAUAUAGUUAAGGGGUUGCAGCAGCAAAGAAGGAACUGAUGCCUGUGUAUGCAUAUGCCCCUCUGUGUCUCUUUCUCUCUGUCUGUGUCUCUUUCUCACGUUCUCUCUCUCCCCGUUUCCCUUUCUCCCUCUCUCCCUCUCUCUCUCUCACUCUCUCCCCCGCCUCCAUUUCUCUCACAUGUGGAAAACUAGCCAACAUCGAGACCCUUUUAUGCUGGCCCACUGACCUCUGUACAAUAUUUUCUGCCCAGCCAAGCUUGCUGCAUAUCCUUGACUGAGAGAAAAUCUGUGUGUUUGAGAAAAUGGUGCAGGCACAGCUGUUGCCUGGAGCAAGGUGACAUGGGAAAGCUGGAUUGGAUGAUCUAUGAACCUGUUUAAUUGGUAGAAUUUUUGACAUCUAAGGAGAGAGCUGCCAUUGUAAUUCAGUCUCCCCUCACCCUGCCCCAUCUGUUUUUUUCCAGAAGUGCAUGCUCCUAUUACCCCUCAAACCUAUUCCUGUUGCAGGGGGGAGCAGCCCCUCUGUUUACCUCUAGGCCAUGGCCUACAGUGGGCAGCACAGUGGCUCAGUGGUUAGCACUGCUGCCUCACAGCACCAGGGACCAGGGUUCGAUUCCACCUUCGGGCAACUGUCUGUGUGGAGUUUGCAAAUUGUCCCCGUGUCUGCGUGCAUUUCCUUUGGGUGCUCCGAUUUCCUCCCACAGUCCAAAGGUAUGCAGGUUAGGGUGGAUCGGCCAUGCUAAGUUGUCCCGUAGUGCCCAGGGAUGUGCAGGUUAGGGUGCAUUGGCCGUGCUAAAUUGCCCUGUAAUGUCCAGAGGUAUGCAGGUUAGGUGGGUUAGCCAUGGGAACUGCAGGGUUACAGGGAUAGGAUAAGGGGGUGUGUCUGGGUGAGAAGCUCUUCAGAGGGGUCAGUGUGGACUCGAUGGGCUGAAUGGCCUGUUUUCACACUGUAGGGAUUUCAUGAAUAUUUGAGCCCUUCGCAGUGUUUAGAGCUCAAAAAUUUGUCAGCAAAAUAGAUGUUAUGGUUAAAGCGACCAUGAAAUCUGUCGGUGUGCUAUUUUCUAAAAGAAAACAAACAAACUGGCUCACUCACACCUUUCUGUUUAAAAAGGAAAAGACUAAGGAAUUUUGGGGGUGGUGGCAGCAAUUAUGAACAGCAACUUGAUGUGAAGGAUGUAUAGUUAGAGUUAUACAGCAUGGAGACAGACCCUUUGGUCCAACCAGUCCACGCCAUGUUCCCAAACCAAACUAAGUCCCAUUUACCUGCGUUUGGUCCAUAUCCCCCAAACCUUUCCUAUUCAUUUACUUAUCCAAAUGUCUUUUUAAACAUUGUAACUGUGCCGUCAUCCACCACUUCCUCUGGAAGUUCAUUCCACAGACGAACCAUCCUCUGUGUUUAAAAAAAAAAGUUGCCCCUCGUGUCCUUGUGAAGGUGAGAGGAGAAAAAAUUAAAAAUAUGCCCCCCCAGUCUUGAAAAACCCUAGGAAAAAGACCUGCUAUUCACCUUACCCUUGCCCCUCAUGAUUUUAUAGACCUCUAUAAGGUCAUCCCUCAACCUCCUAUGCUUCGGGGGAAAUGUGGUAAAUCUUUUCAGAACCCUGUCCAAUUUUAAUAAUAUCCUUCCUAUGGCAAUGAAAGUUGGUUUUCUGUCUCUGAUUUAAUCGUGGGGUCAUUAGUGAGAGAUGUGUCACCAGGGAAGAGGUGAUUCAGCUCCUCAGCCAUUCUACUCUCCAAAUUGCCAGUCGCUCCCAUUUACCCACCUUGGUUCCAUAUCCUUUCAACCCUUCCCCCAACAAAAUAAAUACAUCAGUCAUAAAAUUAAAACCUUAAAAGAUCUAUUCAUCUUGGUCUUGCCAUUUUUUUUCAAUUGAUCUCCAGCAUCUGCAGUAUUUUUAGAGUGAGCCAGAUGUCCACUCAACUCCGUUAUUUUUUUGUGUGAGCAAGUUGUCAUGACAUUACCCCCUUAAAAAGCCGCCACCGCCCCUUGUUCUGGACUCCAGCCGAGCAAGUUUCCCCCUUUCGGCCUGCCAAAUCCUUUCUUCACCUUUUUUAUUGGCACCUCAAUCACAUCGCCUAUUCAUCUACGUACCAGGGAAAAGCCAACGUGAUCCUUUUUUCCUUCUCUUUGUGACUGCAAACAGGGUCUAAAUAACUCCUCAGUAAAUGGUCUGUCCUAGCUCAGAGCCAGACCCUUGAAAGAGGAGAAUCUCUCAAUCUCCGAUUUUUUUUUUAAGAAUUCCCCCACACUACGCCUGCCCCCAAAGGCAGCAGUGGUUAUGUUUUCUCUGCAUCACCUGUUGUGUGUGUGUGUGUACAGUAAAAAGACACCAUUGUGCUAAAAGUUUAUACUUUCCACCAUCAGGAAAGUACCCCUGUGGCUGGUGAAACUUUAACAAUGCCUGAUGAGGAACAAAAACAGAAGUUGCUGGAAAAGCUCAACAGGUCUGGCAGCAUCUGUGGAGAGAAAUCAGAGUUAUCGUUUCGGGUCCAGCGAUGGUAGCUUGGAAUUUCCACAUGCAGUUUCUGUUUUUGUUUCUGAUUCAGAGCGUCCGCAGUUCUUUAGGUUUUUAUAAAGCCUGAUGAGGGCAAUGUUUACUUGAAAAAUGUGAAAGGUGGGUGUUUAGGGAGAGAAGGACGGGAACUAAAUCAAAAUAGCGUUGGAAGGGGGAAAUCAUAUUUUUUCAUCUGCCUCAGUGGGAUUUAAUUCUGUAGCCCCCAGGAUUACUCUUUCAGUGACAUUACCACUAGGCUGGUGCCUCCCCCAACCUGAUCUAUGCAACCCAUCCCCAUCCCCAUCCCCAACACUUUUGUAGCUCCUGGCACUUUGAAUUCUGGCAAAUCCUCCACCUUGACCUUUGACCUGUGACACCCGCAGACUAAUGAGUACAAAGGAAGUGUGCAGCUCAGUUUUGGAUGUGGGGGUGUGCAGUGUGAGGUGUCAUAUGCGACAGGCAGGCUGGGCAACCAUCUCUGAAGUCAGGUCAAUGGCCUCUGUCACAUUGGUCCCCUGCUGAGCCUGGGCCAUUCCUGUCAAUCUGUCCUUGCGUAUAUUUGGCUGUGACACCCCUGUAAUUACAGGAUAAGCCCCUCGCCGAAUCCCCCCCUCAAGCACACAGUCUCUUAAUAUUUUGGACAAUUCUGCAAGUGUAUGUUCAUGGUACGGGGCUAGCUGUCUGAGUCUUCGUUUGGGCUGAGAACAUGGCAUCAUUUAAAGUUUCACAUCAAGAGUUCAAAGUUGACCAUUUGGAUAUUGCUCUUGUUAGGAACAAAAUGAACUUCUGUUUCCUCCUGAACCUUUUGUAUUGUCUCCCCUUAUUACCUGCACAUGUUUUUAAUUUCAUUUUUAUUUAUUCAGAUUAACAUUGUUAAUCUUUCCAUCGUGUAUUAAUAAAGAAGUGAAAUCCUC